GUCAGCAUUCACCGCAAGCUCUCACUCCCUUGAGUUGAAGAGUGCACACUUUUUCUAUUCUCAUCAGAUCCAAAGGUCGAAACAAAACGAGCCGGCGAAAUGACAUCCCUCGAAGCUAUCAAGUACGUGAGAGGCGAGCUCCAGGUUUUGGAUCAACUGAAGCUGCCCCACGAAUUCGUCUACGACAAUGUCUCGACUUGCGAAGAAGCUUUCGAUUGCAUCAAGUCUAUGCGGGUCAGAGGCGCACCAGCAAUUGCAAUUGUGGCAGCACUCGCACUGGCUGUUGAAUUGGAGCACAAAAAAGAUGGUACCACGCAAAAGUUAGACACCAUCAAAUACAUUAAUUCAAAACUCGACUACCUGAUGUUGAGUCGUCCAACAGCCGUUGACCUCUCGAAUGCCAUCAAACUCCUCAAGAAGAAGUCCGCCGAUACCGCUGCCAACUCCCUUACCCCUGACCAGACACUUGCUUGCGCGGAUAUCCGACUAUCGUACAUUGAAGGUGCGGAGAAGAUACUGGAGGAUGAUCUCACAACGAACUUGGCUAUUGGAAGAUACGGCGCGGAAUAUCUUCGACGACAGCAGGUGGCAAUCCACACACCAGUCGCCAACGCCGAUUCGUUGAGGUAUUUUACCACAAGUCCUCCAGGAACUCAAGGGGCACCCGAUCAAACAUAUAGAAAGCUGAGUGUUUUGACUCAUUGCAACACCGGCUCCCUCGCAACCUCCGGCCACGGCACAGCCCUAGGGAUAAUCCGCAGCUUGCACAAAAUGAACUACCUCGAUACAGCGUUCUGCACCGAGACCCGACCCUACAACCAAGGCUCCCGCCUAACAGCCUUCGAGCUUGUCUUCGAAAAUAUCCCCUCAACUCUAAUCACCGACUCCAUGGCCGGCGCUCUCUUCGCCCGCCGAAAGGAAGAGAAGAACAUCUCCGCCGUCAUCGUAGGCGCCGACCGCGUCGCCCGCAACGGCGACACAGCCAACAAGAUCGGGACAUACAGCCUCGCCGUGCUCGCCAAGCACCACGGCAUCAAGUUCGUGGUCGCUGCGCCGACGACGAGUAUCGACCUGUACACCGAAUCCGGCGCUUCAAUCAAGAUCGAAGACCGCACAGGGACGGAACUCACUCAGAUCAGUGGCGCUGUCGUAGGCAAACUAGAUGGAAAAGUAGAUGUCAAUCAUACAGAGAGGGUAGCGAUCGCGGACCAGCAAAUCAAUGUCUGGAACCCCUCGUUCGACGUCACGCCCCGUGAGCUGAUCGAUGCUAUUAUCACCGAGAAAGGCGAGGUGGUGCGCAGCUCGAAGGGGACGUUUAAUUUCAAGGGUCUGAUGCCGCAACGGUGGCGGGAGCAGGUUGAAGGGAGCGAUGAGAGCCAGGCGACGAUGAAUAGUGCUGGUAGCCAGGGUCUGCAGACGCCGAUGAGCGAGGAGAGCACGCAGUUUUACAUGGAAAGUAUAUAGAAGUGUGGCUGGGGGUGGGAAGUGAAGUGUGGUUUCUUGGGACGGUGGAUGGGAGAGGAUGAUGGGGAUGACUUCAUGUUGAUAUUGUUUUGCACUCGGUGCUACUACAAAAGGGAUACACUAGACGAUAGAUUGCGAGAAUUCAACUUCUUGCCAGGCUUAACAGCUUAGACACAACGAAAACAAUUAUUUACUGCAGCG